AUGGGGUCAUUGGAUGGUGAGACAGAUGGGAAGGGCACAUGCCCUGAUGAGCAGAAGAGAAGUAACUCUGGAGACAAAUGCUAUGACUGCAGGGACUGUGGACGGUCCUUCAGACAGAAAUCUCACUUCCUUGGGCACCAGAGGACUCACACUGGAGAGAGACCUUAUACCUGUAAUGAGUGUGGGAAAUCCUUCUCCAAGAACUACAACCUGAUUGUGCAUCAGAGAAUCCACACAGGAGAGAAGCCCUAUAAAUGCAGUAAAUGUGGGAAAGCCUUCAGUGCUGGCUCUGCCUUUAUCAAGCAUGAGAGGAGCCACACAGGAGAGAAGCCCUAUGAAUGUGACUGGUGUGGGAAGUCCUUCAGCUGCCACUCUUCCCUUGUUUUGCAUCACAGAACUCAUAUUGGAGAAAAGCCUUUCAAAUGUGACGAGCGUGAAAAAUCCUUCCCUGAUGUCUCCCACCUUAUUGUCCAUCUCAGAAUUCACACUGGAGCGAAGCCCUAUGUAUGUACUGAAUGUGGAAAGGCAUUCGUCGAUGGCUCAUACCUAGUUAAACAUGGGAGAAUUCACACUGGAGGAAAACCCUAUAAGUGUGUGGAUUUUGGAAAAUUAUUCAAUCACAAUGGUCACCUCAUCGUGCAUCAAAAAAUCCAUUCUGGAAAGAAACCCUACCAGUGUGAAGAAUGUGGGAAAACUGUCAUCGAGAGCGCUUACCUCAUCAGGCACCAGAGAAUUCACACUGGCGAGAAGCCCUAUGGCUGUGACCGGUGUCAGAACUUCAGGAACAUCACUGGUCUCAUCCGGCAUCAGAGGACUCAUACUGGCGAGAAGCCCUAUGAGUGUAAUCAGUGUGGCAAAGCUUUCAGGGACAGCUCCUGUCUGACCAAGCACCAGAGAAUCCAUGCUUGAGAGGCCCUGCAACAGUGUGUCCCAUGUGGGCAAGGUUUCCAGAGCAGCCGUGCUCUUAUCAGACACCAGCGUUGGCACACUAGAGAGAGACUUCUGGGGACUCAAUGAAUGUGAUGAUGGCUCUGUCUGAUUCUCUUUACUUGCCCACUGUCAGAGACUUUAUAUUGAAGAGCAGCUCUUUGAAAAUAAUACAAUUCAUCCUUUGCUCCUUGGAACAGAAACCCUUGACGUUGUGUCCAUAUUAGCAAUUGGGAGAAUUCUUCUGCCAUGCUGCUGGACUUACUGGAAAGAAACUCUAGAAACAGAACAAAUGUGUUAAGACUUUCAGGGAUUGUUGAACCUUUGCUAAACAUGAGACUGUGACACAUCUCUGUUUUGUGUGGAACCUUUUUUUUUUUUUUUGUGAGAAAGAUUAGCCCUGAGCUAACAUCCGUGCUAAUCCUCCUCUUUUCGCUGAGGAAGACCGGCUCUGAGCUAACAUCUAUUGCCAAUCCUCCUCCUUUUUUUUUUCCCCAAAGCCCCAGCAGGUAGUUGUAUGUCAUAGUUGCAGAUCCUUCUAGUUGCUGUAUGUGGGAUGCGGCCUCAGCAUGGCCGGAGAAGCGGUGCGUCGGUGCACGCCCAGGAUCCGAACCUCGGCUGCCAGUAGCGGAGCGCACGCACUUAACCGCUAAGCCACGGGGCCGGCCCGGAACCUUUUGAAUGAUGGUGACAGGGUUGAGAGAAGGGUCCAGGGUGGCAGGGGGAGACUGACUUCUCAUGGCUUUUCUUUCUGAUGUUACAUGACGUGCAUGUGAUGUGUAAAUCAAAACCGAGGAAUGGCAUGAAUGUGGAAAGCAUUUAAACUGGAACUCUUGCCUUUCUUUGCAUCAAAAGAUUUGGUUAAUGUGAUGAGUUUGAGGUUUCAGUAAGAACUCCUGCUGAAACUCUUGGGGAGAAAGAGUGAAUUUUUGAAUUGGCCAAUAUAGAAUGAUAAUUUGGAAAAAUCUCCUAAGUUGACGCUAACCUUAGUGUGAUAAGAAAACUCAUACUAGAGACAUAGCAAACAUACUCCAUGUGGGAAAGCUUCCAGUUGGAGAUAUGAUCUUCCAGAGUAGUGCUAUCUGAUAGAAUAAUCUGAGCCACAUAUAUAAUUUCAAAUUCUUUAGUGGCCACAUUAAAAAAAGUGAAAAGGGGCUGGCCUGGUGGUGUAGCAGUUAAGUUCACGCGCUCUGCUUCAGCAGCCCAGGGUUUGCCGGUUCAGAUCCUAGGCGUGGACCUAUUCACCACUCAUCAAGCCAUGCUGAGGUGGUGUCCCACAUAGAGCAACUAGAAGGACAACUAUGACAUACAACUAUGUACUGGGGCUUUUGGGAGAAAAAAGGAAAACAAAAAACAAAAGAAAAAGAGGAAGAUUGGCAACAGAUGUUAGCUCAGGGCCAAUCUUCCUCAAAACAAAAGAAAACAAAAAGUGAAAAGAAAAA